AUGGUUUCUCCCUCUAAAAAGAGGCAGAUAAAGGGUAGAGUGACUACUGGACACAAGCUUGAUCGUAAAGUCGUUAUCAGGCGUUGUUCCCUCUUUACUGUGUAUGGUAAGGUAUCUAUGCCCGUGAUCCACAGGCAGUCUCCCAUUCCCUGCCUGGGGUCUGGUGGGGGGGGGGUAGCCCAAGAGUCAAACACCCUGGAGUCCUUGAAUAAGGUUGCACCUUUGGGCACCAGGGAUGAGGUUCUGGGAGAAAAAGCAAGCAGUAAGCUCCCUUACAAGCCUCUCGCAAGCAAGAAAUUCUACCUUGAUAUCAAGAGCCACAAAAGCAGAGCUACCAUAACAGCUGAUAUACUUAAUCUCGGAGGGACUGUUGAAGAAUUCCUCAGCCGAGAGGUCAGCUAUGUGAUCAGCACACGAGGGCAGCAGCCAGCAGGUGGAUCCAGCAGUGAACAGCAACCCUCUCCUAGUGGUGCUCUCACUCCCCAUCAGCCCCUGUCAUCACUGCCAUCUACCUCUCAUGACUCGCCGCUGAAUCUAGAUUCUCCCAGAGAAGACACUGGCAAGAAAAGAGUGAUAGGUCCUUCAUUUCUUGAUGUCACUGUUGAUCAGUCAUUUAUGGUGUAUAGAGUUGAUGAUUACACAGGAAAUACAGUGCGCACAAGAGCUGAGGUGCUGCUGGAGAGGGCAUGUGUGAGGCGGCAAGGCACCAGUGAUGUUCUUGAAAAUGCACGCCUCUGGAAUGUCCCGGUGUGGCCGCUAACCAAACUUUUGAAGUGGCUGACAGCACUGAAGGAGAGUGGGCGCUACAAGCCAUCCAAAACAAAUGGUGUUGUAGCACCCAAGAGCUCCUUGUCUUCCUCAACGAAGGUCACGCGUCUCCGAGCUCCCUUCAUCAAAACGGAGGCCUUUACUAGCUAUCUUCUCUGCAAAGAAUACCCGAAGCAGGCCAAGGCCCGGCAACAACCUAAGUCAUCCACUUCAGCACUGAGAAAUGACCAGAAAGACAGGCGAAUGAGGGAGCGUGCUCGUGGUGCCAAGGCCAGGGAGAGUGGCUAUUGUGAGCUCUGUAGCACCACCUACACCAACCUAACCCUUCACCUGAAGUCUGAUUCCCACAUCACCUUUGUCCGCAACGACAAGAAUUACUUGUACCUUGAUGAACUUAUCAGCGGGCAAAAACAAAACUGUCAGUGCUAG